CUUCCUUGUCUAGCCAUAAUUAACACAUACUAAACCGAUAUCUCGAACCAUAAUUAAGGUGUUUGUUUUGAACCACUUGUGGCUCGUGGGUUCGACUCUUUUUGUCUUAGGUGGUGAGUUUGAUCAAAAUGCAGUUACAUAUAUCUCCUAGCUUAAGACAUGUUACAUUGUUGCAAGGAAAAGGUGUAAGGGAGUUCAUUAAAGUUAAGGUCGGGUCUCGAAGGUUGUCUUACAAGAUGCUUUUCUAUUCACUUUUGCUAUUCACAUUCUUUCUUCGGUUCAUCUACGUUAUAAGUUCUGUUGACACCAUUGAUGAUCAAACCAAAUGCUCAACUAUAGGUUGCUUGGGAAAAAGGCUAGCACCUGGUAUACUAAAGAAAGGAAGCCUUCAAUCAGCUUCAGAUGUACCACAACUAAUAUAUAAAAUCUUGGAGGACCCAUCGAGUCAUGAUGGAAUAGUAGAAGGGUCUGAAGUUCCUCAAAGUGUGGAAGAAUUUGUAACUAGCAUGAAAGGCAGCAAUAGAUUAGAUGCAAAGACAUUUGCCAUCAAGCUUAAAUCCAUGGUAAUACUUCUUGAACAAAGGACUAGAAAGGCCAAAAUUCAAGAAUACCUCUACCGACAUGUCGCGUCCAGUAGCAUACCAAAACACCUCCACUGCCUAGCUCUCCGGUUAGCCCACGAGCAUGCCACCAAUGCUGCAGCCCGCCUCCAGCUCCCCAUGCCUGAGCUUGUACCGACCCUCGUUAAUAACUCCUACUUCCACUUUGUUCUUGCAUCCGAUAACAUCCUUGCAGCAUCUGUUGUAGCAACAUCUCUAGUUUACAACUCAUUAAGACCCGAAAUGGUUGUCAUUCAUAUCAUCACAGAUAGGAAGACUUAUUCUCCUAUGCAGGCAUGGUUUUCCUUGCACCCUUUAGCCCCUGCAGUGAUUGAAGUCAAGGCGUUGCACCAUUUUGAUUGGUUUGCAAAGGGAAAGGUCCCGGUUUUGGAGGCCAUGGAGAAGGAUCAAAAGGUUCGGGCUCAGUUUAGAGGUGGGUCUUCAGCCAUUGUGUCUAAUAACACCGAGAAACCUCAUGUCAUUGCUGCUAAGUUGCAAGCCAUGAGUCCCAAGUACAACUCGCUCAUGAACCAUGUUCGGAUUUAUCUACCACAGAUGUUUCCGAGUCUUAACAAGGUGGUGUUCCUAGACGAUGACCUUGUGGUCCAAUCUGAUCUGUCACCUCUAUGGGAGAUCAACAUGAACGGGAAAGUGAAUGGAGCCGUUGAAACAUGUAAAGGGAGUGAUAAGUUUGUAAUGUCAAAACGAUUCAAGAACUACUUGAACUUUUCUCACCCAUUAAUCUCGAAGAACUUUGAUGCAAAUGAAUGUGCUUGGGCUUAUGGCAUGAACAUAUUCGAUCUAGAAGCAUGGAGAAAGACUAACAUAAGCGAGAAUUACCAUCACUGGCUUGAAGAGAACUUGAAAUCAGAUCUAAGUUUGUGGCAACUAGGAACCUUACCUCCAGGAUUGAUAGCAUUUCACGGUCAUGUUCAUGUUAUCCAUCCCAUUUGGCAUAUGUUGGGCCUUGGGUACCAGGAGAAUACAAGUGAUUCAGAUGUUCAACGUGCUGCAGUUGUUCAUUUUAAUGGCCGAGCAAAACCUUGGCUAGAUAUAGCAUUUCCAGAGCUUAGAAAACUAUGGACCAAAUAUGUCAACUUUUCAGAUAAAUUCAUCAAGUCAUGUCACAUUACAGCAUCUUAGAAAGAUUACAGCAAUCACAAUACGUUUUUUGGGGAUGUUAUAUAUGUAUUGCUUUCAUAAAGUUUUGUAAUUUGAUUCGGGAUUUAACAAGUACAAAUGCAAAAAGAUAAAUUCUUUCA